ACUUAAAAAAUUUUUGCAGCUAAUGUUGGUACGAAUACAUUGUGACACAUGACACAUGAUGUAAAAAAAAUUAAAAGAUCCACGAAUUGAUUUAAGCCGGUUUUAGUAAAAAAAUUUAUCUUAAAAAUGCCUGUUAGUAGUAGAGUAUCUCUUGUAUUGUCAUCAAUUUUGACAGUUCUUAUAUUUUCGGGAAUGCAAAUAUAUAAAGUUUGGUUAGCAUCAUCACAAAUUUAUACAAUAUUAGGAGGAUAUAUUGGAUCGAUAUUAUUUAUGUGUGUGUUAACUGCAGUAGGAAACUUGGAAUCAACAAUAUUUGGAAAAUCUUUUCAACAAAAAUUAUUUCCAGAAGUUAUUUUUUCACUAAUGAUUAGUUUAAUUGCAUCAGCUUUGGUACAUCGUGUAGCAACUACAACAUGUUUUAUAUUUUCUAUGAUUGCAUUAUAUUAUAUCAAUAGAAUUUCUCAAGAAACAUAUGCUCUACCAGUACCUCCAAUUUCAAUUCAUAUAAAGAAGAGAAAAUAAAAAUAAUUAUGAAAAUCUAUGAUGUUUUACAAUAAUUCAAAAAUGUUGAAUUAUUCCUAAAGUUACUUUAAACUUUAUGUAAAAUUAUUUUGUCUUAUAAUAUAUAUAAUAUAUAAUUAAUGUUUAA